AUGCUGCCUUUCAUAAACGCCCCUUUCGCCUACGUCGCUGACGCCCUGGGUGCUUCUACCGAUGAGCUCAAACUCGUCGCGUCUUUCCUGAUCUCGUACCCUCUUGCGGGGUUGCUCAAGCGCAUUCCCGAUUCGAAGCCCUGGCAGAAGAAUGCCUUCAUAAUAUCGGUUUCUCUGUUCUACCUCGUCGGCUUGUUCGACCUCUGGGCUGGCCUCCGCACGCUAUUCAUCAGCUCAGCUGGUGCUUAUGCUAUCGCCAAGUACAUUGACGGCCCGUUGAUGCCAUGGAUCGGCUUCGUCUUCUUAAUGGGCCACAUGUCUGUCAAUCACCUCGACCGUCAAUUCAGGAACGAACCCCAGAAUGUCGACAUCACCGGUGCCCAGAUGGUUUUGAUCAUGAAGCUCACCGCCUUCUGCUGGAACGUCCACGAUGGCCGCCUGCCCGAGAAUGAGCUUUCCGACUACCAAAAAGAGCGUGCGCUUCGUGAUCUGCCCUCUAUAUUGGACUACGUCGGCUAUGUGCUGUUUUUCCCGUCCUUAUUCGCCGGCCCCGCUUUCGAUUACGUCGAUUACCGCCAAUGGUUGACCACUAGCAUGUUUGAGCUGCCUCCCGGCGUUGAUCCUUCCAAGGCUGCUCCAACCCGGAAGAAGCGCAAGAUCCCGCGCAGCGGCACGCCUGCCGCGUGGAAGGCCGCCUAUGGUCUUGUUUGGAUAUUUGCCUUCCUGACCUUCUCUGGAUGGUACAGCACAGACUUGCUUCUGGGUGAUGAGUAUAUGAAGCACAACUUCCUCAAGCGUCUCUACUAUCUGCACAUGGUUGGCUUUGCUGCUCGCAUGAAAUACUACGGCGUCUGGCAUUUGACCGAAGGUGCUUGCAUUCUCUCCGGUAUCGGCUACAAGGGUGUUGACCCCAAGACCGGCCGUGUCAACUGGAACCGCCUCCAAAACGUGAAGCCUUUGGGAAUCGAGUUCGCUCAGAACACUCACGCCUACCUCGGAAACUGGAACAUCAACACCAACCUCUGGCUCCGGAACUACAUGUAUCUGCGGGUGACCCCCAAGGGCAAAAAACCUGGAUUCCGUGCCAGUAUGGCCACCUUUGUUACCUCUGCCUUCUGGCAUGGUUUCUAUCCUGGCUACUACAUGAGUUUCGUUCUGGCGAGCUUCCUCCAGACCAUUGCCAAGAAUGGCCGCCGCCUGCUUCGCCCUUUCUUCCUGGCGCCCGACGGCCAACGCCCCCUUCCGACCAAGAUAUAUUACGACAUCUUCACUUGGUUGGUCACUCAAUUGGCAUUUUCUUACACCGUGAUACCCUUUAUCACUCUCGAGCUCGCCCCAUCCCUCUUGAUCUGGCGCCGCGUCUACUUCUUCACCAUCGUCGGCGUCAUCGUAUCCUUGGCAUUCCUCGCUUCUCCUGGCAAGAAAAUGCUGCAGAAGAAGGUCGCACAGAGAUCCGGAGCGGCCAAGCCAGCAGCCGUCAAGGACACGGCGACCUCUACGGCAACCGCCCAAAAGCCCUCUGUCGCCGAACUCAUCUCCCGUGGCCGUUCGAGCCUCACGAUUGACGACCUUUUGGAAGAGAAGGUUCUCGGCGAAGCCUUGGGCAUUCGCCCCGGCCUGAGCCGUAACCCCUCUGCCGAGGGUGCAGGCAGAGUUCCUCUGAUGGGUCUUCCUGAGGACCCCGGUUUGGAACUCGAUGAAGCCAUCGAGGAGGUCAAGGCCGAGAUCGCGAAGAGGAAGGCGAGUGGCGAGGGUCCACCAGGUCCCCACGAGGUCCGGGCUUGGUUGGAGGAGAAGGUGAAAGAGCUGAAGAAGAGGAAAGAUUAA